AGGCUCGGUUGGUAGAACUUUCGCGCGAAUGUUGAAAUUCCACCUGCUGACACCUGUCACUGGCACAAACACUGGCCAGAUUGAUUGAUUGAGAAUCCAUGACAGUUGUUGAGACAUCAACGCAACCAAGACCAUGACCACUCAGACUUAAACUUGAGGAAACACAUGAUCAGUCAACAAAUCAUGACCUUUGAAGCAUUUCCCGCUGAUGCUGUUCUUCAGUUCAAUGACCCCGGCCCAUUCUACGUCCGAGAGAGUGGCAGACUCCGCUCCCCACCUGGUUUAGGUCUGAUCAGAGCCGGUCCACCCCAAGGGAUUCUCCAGCUACACCAACCCGCCUUCAGUCUAAAAAACACCACAGUCGACAAUUCCACCACAAGAACCCCACGUAAACUCUUUGACAUAUCAUUAGACUUUGUGGCGGCCAACAUCACUCUUGUAGAUUCACUUGCUGGGUUUCCAGAGGUCGUGGGUCGCCAGCUGUUUGAUGCUGCUCAUCUCCUCCACAAACUCUGCCCACGGGCACUGGAGCUUUUCUGCGAUGCUUAUGGGGACAACAUCCUACAUAGCGUCAACCUAACAGAGCAUCGCUUGGCUGUUGGCGAGCUGCUUAAUUGUAAUGCACUCUUCUCGGGGUUGUCCGAGCUGGACGUCGGAGGAUGUAACAUUGGUGAUGACAGUGAGAUUCUUCCAAUUGUUGCCAAUUUGAUCUGUUUGAGACGGCUUGGAUUAGCCAGCAAUGACCUGACCGAUGCCGGCAUACGGCGACUGACAACGCCUCUUAGAGUGAUGGACAGAGGACCACGCAAAUUGCUUAGCCUCGACUUGGCAGGUAAUGAAUCUAUAAGUGACAAGUCUGCGGGUCAAUACCUCACUGUGUUCACUUCGCUAACAUCACUUGAUUUGUCAGGCUGCAACAUUUCAUCGGAGGGCAUUAACAAGUUAAAGAAAAGGUUGAAACUGGAAAAUCAUGUAAUUUCUACGACGGCGACAACCAAGCCCUUUCUUAAACCUGUCAAGAACUUUGGAUGGGCCUUGCCAUUGGUUGAGCAGUGGAAAGAGUCAAGCACUAACUGUAUGCUGAGAGGAAAGAGCAAGGCGAGCUUUGGAUCUGCGAAAGCAGCAAGCUUCUAUGGAAGAACACAGGAGAGACUGGCAAACAUAUUUAAGUCUACUAAACCAAUAAAAAAAGUCCACGACUUGCCCAUUAUACAACUUGCUGCAUCAAGCAGCAGUAACCAGGACAACCAUCAAGCUGACCUGGUAACCAAGGAGAACAUGAAAAGGUCAAAGGUUGAAAGGUCAAAGGUUGCCAGGCAACAAAGUAGACAUCGUCCGGAAGCUGGAAAGGUUAACACCAGGAAUGAUGAGCUGUCCACCCUCGACAAAGAACUAACCAUGCAAUAUUCAUGUCCUGAUAUGAAACAUUCAACUCGGCAGGACAGAAAGUGGCUAGGUUUCAGAACGUUAGAGGUCGAGACAGAGGACACAAAAGAGAAUCAGAUGGAGCAGAUCUCAGAGCAACCGGUGAAACAAGCAAAACCACCGCCAAGAAAGAAAAUCAAACUCUGCUCCAAAGUUUCCUCCCAAGGCUUCUUUGACAUCCUUAAUGGUUGGGAAAAUGACGCUACAUAUACAACAUAGAAACUGUUGACUGUAAUAAAGGUAGAAUACUAGAUACUACCCGAAGGUUACAACGAGAAGUUUUCCUCCUGAAACAUGAGGAACCUGUGGAAGUAAAGACAAACUCCAAUAAACUUGGAAAGAUCCCCGGUGGAAAUGCAAAAAUUUUAUCCUAGUUUCACACUUUUUUGUCAGCAAUGACUCUCACCCCUGUAUGUAAACCAGGGGUAAUCAAGGACUACCGUAGGCAACAGUAAAUUAAGACAUGGGGUAGUUGCGAUAACAUAACCCUCCUGUCGACGGCAAAGCCGAAAGGUUACGAAGCUUCAGCAAUGUGUGCAGGGCGAAAUGGUUAAAAACGUACAAUUUCGACAGCUAGUCAGCAGAUUUGCUCCAUUUUUUACCA